GCCACUUAACACUUAUUCAGCGUCUGGGUUCCAAAAGUAUUUUUCCCAUUCAUUUUUUGUAUAGGCUUUUCAUAAAAUCCUCCAUAAAAGACUUCUAAGCCAUGAACCAAACCAACCAGCUCUGAGGUGAAUCACACAUUACAAACUUUCUUUUUAGGCAAUAAAGUAUUUGAAAAUCGGACAAAAAGACAAAGGUACAAGGCUGUGUACUUACUGUCUUUCACAAGGGUACAAACUACAAUCCCAUGAAGCAUUGCGAAUGAUGUAAUUGAAUAAAAAACUAUGGGAAUAUAUCAAAGUAUUGAUUUUAGGUUGUUGAUUAUAAGUAUAGAAACAAUAUAUUUGAUGUUUAUUGCAAAAUAUUCCCAUAUGUACAAUUAGAUAAGUUGUUUAAGGGUAAAGGGAGACCGACUCGAUUGCAUCACUCACGGUGGGUAGUGGGAGAGUGGGUGGUUGCUCCUAGGCAAAUUUUGCAGGGUUUCUUGGCCACAGUUCUCUGAUUGGUGAAUCGUUCUCUGCUGUACAAUGGGUAAUGUAGUCGUUUACCAUGAAUUCCGCUAUCAAACACGCUAUUUAAACAAGGAAGUUGAAAUAACACAGGAAGGAUGGCUUCAACAGAAGCAUAUACAAUCGAUGAACAACCUCGGAGCUCAAAAGUGUCCAUCGUUCUCUGCUGUACAAUGGGUAAUGUAGUCGUUUACCAUGAAUUCCGCUAUCAAACACGCUAUUUAUACAAGGAAGUUGAAAUAACGCAGGACGGAUGGCUUCAACAGAAGCAUAUACAAUCGAUGAACAAAAGGCUCAAAAGGGUCCAUCUUGAAAUGUUAAUAAGUUAUCACUGAAAAUCAAUUAGUCUAUGGAAAAAUGUCAUGGGAUUUUUACUUCUGGAGCCAGACUGUUGCGCUCUAUUGACCCUUCGCUAAGCCCCGCCUUAAAAGAACUUCUGACCAAUCCUGUCUUAGCAAAUGUUGCCCUGCCGCCAUUACACUGGCUGUGUCUCGUUUUUUUUUUGUCUUUCUCUUAUUUUGUAUCUAUUGUCAAUGCCUUUUAUGUAUAUACACUUACAUUUAUACAAUUGUUAACCUUUUUUGCAUUCCCAAUAAAAAAAAAUAAAUUAAAAAAAAUGAAACGAAACAGCCUCGAUGACGUAUGCGGCCGACAAAUGCGACCUCCGGAGGACACAGCCUUCCAAACGAGCCAGCCAUUGACACACAUUUGCCGGGUCAUUUGUAAUAGUGACACGAGUUACCCAGAGAGGACACCUGCAGUGUUUUUCUUUCGAUUUGUAAAAAUAUCUUUAAACAAACCUGAAGAAGAGCAUGUUAUGGAUUAAACUGUCAGUACCCAUUCUAAAAUGAACAUAUAACAUCUGCAACGACACCUACAUUUGCUCCAAGGCUCGACAAGAUGUCUGCAAACAAAAGUGACUGGAACAUCACAGACUAUGAAGAUUUCAUACAACAAUUUCAAGGCAAUCAAACUAAAAUAAAUCAGUACCAAAAUGAGAUGAGGAUUAUGUAUCUGGUUACAUAUUGCAUUGUUCUCAUCCUGGGUCUGACCCUAAACCCUGCCUUCAUUCUCAUCGGCUGCCAAAAAUAUUGGAAUUUUAAGAAUGUUGCCAUUUGGAUUGUGGCGUUGGCUGGAACACACUUAGUCUCCCUUGUUUCUGUUGUGUUUCAACUCCUCUACGCUUACCAACACUUUGAAUGGCACUAUGGCACUGUCAGCUGCAAAUUGUCAUCCUAUAUCACCUAUGGCUGUAUGUUCUCCACAGCAACCAUAUUGAGCCUUUGGAGCGUUAGUUCUACUCUUUCAAACAGCGCAUGCACAAAGAAGUGCAAGAAUUUUAACAUUCUCCUCAUUUCAUUCUCUUGGACUAUAGGAGCAGUCUUGGCAUGCCCUUCGCUGUUUUCCAGAGAGAUACAAAACAGAGAGUGUAUUGAUGACUAUGACUUUGAUAAAUCAAAAACAACUACAGAUGGCACUGGAAGGCUGAAGGCUGUUGUUGUCAUUCGGUUUCUCUUUGGGCUUGUCAUUCCGGCUUUUGUAAUAUUUCUGUGCACCUGUCUGACAUCUCAGUCAGCUUAUAAUGACUGUAAAUGGUGCAAGAAGCAGGCGAAGAUCAUCAGUGCAGUAAAGAUCGCCUACUUUGUGUGCUGGGGCCCUCAAAUUUUCUUAACCCUGCUUCAAGCCACUGCAAGCAGCAACCUGGGCACAAAUAUAUACACUUAUGGACUUCCGGCAGCUACUGUGCUGGCUACAACUCACUGCUUUACCCAUCCACUCAUCUACCUUUUGGUGGGGCGCAGCAUUAAAAUGCUUUGGAUGGUUCCACACAAACCAUGUCACAAUGAUGAAGCAGCAGACCCCAGAGAAUCCUUGCCUCUACAAAAGGGAAGCACAUAAACACAUUUACAUAAUCAGGAUGCCUCUACAAAAGUGAAGCACUUACAGUACACACAUUGCGAGUGAGUCAUGUCUUAAAAAUCAACAGUAUCUAUGUUGAACUCAUCUACAAAUCUAGCAGUACAUUGAAACUGAAAAUGGGACUUGAGAAUUUCUGUUGAUUCUUGAUAGGUUGGGUUUUUUAAAUGAGAAAAGUUCUAUAAUAGGUUUUACAUUUGCAAACAGAACCUUAUUCAGAUAACUGACCAGGUACUGUACAGUGGAUUUCAUUUGCAGUGCUGGGUUACUUCAAGAAUAUAAUCCACUACAAAUGACUAAUUACCUCCCUAAAAUUGUAAUCAGAAUUCUUUACUAAUUAUUUCACAGAAAAGCAAUAACAUUUCUAAUUACUUUACUAUCAAGUUACUUUUUUUGUUUUUGUUUUUACUCAAUGAAUGUUCUUGUUAUGGAGUGCAUGGCCUAUAGCUGUCACAGAAAUACAAACAGAUGUACAUGUAAGUGAUACUAUUAACAGUUAAUUCCAGUCAGGGCCGCCCCAGACUCUGUUGGUGCCCAAGGUGAAAUUUUAGAUUGGUGCCCCCCAGAACCACGGCUCCCUCCCACCCCCUAAUUGAACUUCAGUUAAAUUCGAAAUUACAGCAAAGUUUUUUAAUCAAUAUUACAUAACAUACAAAUAUGAAGUAAAUAAUUUGGAAAGACAGUUAACAAAUUAGACAAACUACCUGUUUCAAUUACAUACUGAUUGUUUAAAAACAAUUUUCACCCUAAAUAUAAUACACAAUAAAACAAUAAAAUACAAACAGGAAAAAAAGAAAAAAAAAAAAAAGAAAGUGCAAUAAACUAGGUACCUUCCAGUACUAAAGCGCAACAUUGUGAAGCAAGUGCCUUCCACGUUUGGGCAGAUCUUUUGCAGUCAAUUUUUGUGCAAAUAAAUCAAGGAUCUGUUGUUUCAGUACUGCACACGCCUGGACUUCUUCAUGGCAACUUCAUCACUGACAUUUAUUUAAUCAAAUUAAGGAGUAAAAUUAAUACAUUUAAUAAUGGUCAUAAAAUAAAAACAGAAAAGAUCAGAUGCCAUUAUGAAUAAUUUUUAUACUACACCUCACACUUUUCAGCCGAAGCCCAGGUACUUCCAUGAAGAUCAGAUCUGAAUGACUAUUGCUCUUUUAUUAGUAUUUUCUCAUUAUUUUUUCCAGAGACAAGCAAGUGCCAGCUUUACAUGUCACAAACAGAGGUUGCAAUUUUUUGACGGACUGAGUUGUAAAAUUUCCAUCAUGGUCUAUUUUCUAUCAGUCAUAGGCCUAUUAGUUUAAAUUUCUCUGAUAUGUACAGUACAUAUUUGAUGUUUUCUCGAUAUAGUCAACUUUUCAGUUGAAAAUGACAAUGCAUGGCAAGCGCGAGUGUGAUCGUGAAACACAUGUUCUAUUCACAAAUACUUAAGUUAUUUGAUUUUUCUAGCUGGAGAGCAAUCCAGCAAACUUUUUCGCACGCACAGACAUACAGAGGGUGCGCAGAGAGCAGGCAGCCGCGAGAGCAAGAGAUAGAUAUCGUAAAUAAAUAAAUAAUAAAGUGCGCGCUCUGCCAUAGUCGUUCUCAGCCAAAAUAAUCACAUAAGGACGUAUACACUUAAAAACUGACACACAGUAACAAAUACACUAAAUGUAUGAUAGUUCUAACUGUAGAGAGCACCUUAAUAUGAAGACCAAGCCUAAUUCCGGACAUUUUAAGACACUUUUUUCAGGUCCGAAAAAGAGGAAAAAGGGCGUAUGGUCACCCUAUGUAACCAUUUAUAAGCAGUUAAGAAUGUUAGUUUAAAAUGUUUUUUGUCGCCACCUGCUGGCUAAAAUCUUUAAUGUCAAGGGUAUGAUCCCCAAAAAUGAAAAUCCCUACAUUUGGCAGCUCUUUUACACAUCUGCACUGCUUUGAAAAUUUAGUAUAGAACACCACGAAUACAAGUGAAUUGAUACAAACAGUAAACCGUCCCAGUGCAGAUGGUGUGAGACAUUGGCACUCUUGGACCGGAAUCAGGGCCAGCCCAUGGUAUAGGCGACUUAGGCGGUUGCCUAGGGCACAAAAUGACAGGGGGGUGCCGCAAAAGAAGAUUUAAAAUUAUUUUUGUCAGAAGUGCGCCCUCUCAUGAGCAAAAUGUGCCACUGUUCUGAGCCAGUUCAGAUGAUGUUCAUUUGAGCCGGCGCUGUCAGUCAGCGAGUGGAUUCUUUGAAGUCAUCGGCAUCGUCUCUCACUCCAUGAUCGCUUGAAUUUCUACUACACUACUGCUGGUUUAAAAAAAUUUAAAUGUAAUGUGUUACACUACUUUUGAACCAAAAAGUAAUUUGAUUACAGUAACUAAUUAGUAAGAUCAAGUCAAGGCAAGAUCAAGUUAGCUAAAAUGACACAGAUCAAUCCUUAUGGCACUAUAUUUCACAUGCUUUGCAGUUAUGUAAGCUUACCUGUCCAAUAAGAAGAAAGCCAAUUCAGGGUCGGUUUUGAUCCCCAAAACCGAAUGAAGGUCCUCCAGGAAUCAAAUACCCUGCCGAAGAUGUUCACUUUAGUUUUCGCUGGACGACGAUCACGUUCCCGCUUAGCCAGAUGGGAUUCAGUUGAUAAACUGUUUUUUUAUUAUUAUUUUUUUGGCUUACUCUGAGUUUGUGUAGGAGUCGGUGUUGUGCUGGGAGCCAGACGUUUGCUGGAUUCCAUCUCUAAGAUAACGUUACCUAGUGUUGCAGACUGUCUGUUGACGCUGUUGAAUAGCAGAAGAGAAGUACUGAGGCAAGGCUCUCGGGAGUGCGCAUAACAUCACAUCUUUUGGAUUUUCCCGGCAAAAGCGACCCGCUCCCUUCGCAGGAAAAUCAGUCUACAGGCUUUAAUAGGCAACCUAGGAAGUCUGGGAAGGGCUCAUUUUUUAAGUUGCAUUACAAGCCGUUCAUACAUUGGUAAAAAAAAAUAUGGCGAAUAUGACAUUAAAAAUAUUACAUAUGGCACCUUUAAAAACAACAACAACAACAACAAAAACUAAUAUUUUAUUUUCCCCCUUUUUUAACAAAUUCUCAGUAAAAGGAGAUGCUUAUCCUUUAGAAAAUGCCAGGAGGUCAAACAAACGUUAUAUGAGCAUUUGUGUGUAUUUGUGUGUGUGUGUGUGUUCUAUAAAUAUUAUCUGAGGUAUAAUAGUAAAUUAUGGAGACAUCUAAAUUGUGAAGUGUUGGGGAAGGGUCACAAAAUGGCUGAUCACCCCAUUAGCCUCUGCUGGAAGAUGCCAGAAAUACACCAACUUCAGACUGAAUCACAGAUGAAUGGGAAUAUUUAUAUUUUAUAUCCAGAUAAAACAUUUACUGUAUAUUCUCGAUGUAUAUUUUAAGGUUUUUUAUGAUGCUUGCAAUUAUGCAUUUUUUCUAUAUUUUUUGAUACUGUCUCUUCAAAUUUACUUUACAUUUUUAUUAUAUACUUUACAUAUUUAGUUUAAUGAUACAUGUAAAUGUGGGUAUGUCUGAUUUAUAUGUACUUUUCAGAUCAAAAUAUUUUAAAGAAUAUGACAAAUGUAAUCUACUUUAAAAUAAAGGCUAAAAAUAAUACAAUAUGCCUAUUUUGAAUUUAAAAUAUUAUGAAAGAAUUUGGGUGUGAUGGAGAGAGCACAAAUAGAUGGUCUGACUGUUCACACCCCGGCAUUAUUACAACAUUGUGUGUGUUCUGUGGUAAACUCAAAAGUUUCCCACCGUGGGCUGCACCUCUUUACCUUUUUUACUUUUAGUUUGUGGACAAAGAUGUGUUACUUCCUUCUUGUGUGUAAGUGUUACUGAGCAUCAAAGGCUAUGUUGAAAUUGUACUUUGAGGUUAAUAUGGUAAGCCUAAUUAUUUAAAUUUUUAAAUCACCACAUGCAAAAAGCCUAAAAUCUCCUUGAACCGGACACAUGUACCCAGAAAUUUGGAUGUGCUGUCACAGAGCAAAACAGAAUUUCGUUGCCAGCAGCAUCAAGCUUGAUGUGUGUACCUUGUUUAAAUAUUGGAUAACUGCACUGGCUUAUGUCAGACACAUUACAAAGGGUAGUACCAAAUCUUAGUGUUUGUUGCCUAAAUGGACUUCCCCUUACAAAAACUGGAAGACCCUGCUUCCCUGCACAAACUCAGCCAUAUCUGACAUGAACUAUAAUGUCCCACUAUGCCAACUCUUAACUUUGCCUGAUAAACAGUGCAGGCUGCCUCCUUGAUGACCUCAUGCAUAUUGUUGAUGGACUCCAAAGAGGUCAAACAUUAAUCAUAAAAUUUAUCCGUAAUAAUAACAUGAUCUACGAUAAAAAAAAAAUAAAAAAAAGAUAUUCUGUCUACAUUGACACAGCUUAACUCCAGAUGAAUAACACCCUUGAUGUAGUUUACUGUUUCAGUAAUAUAACUAAAAUUGUACAUGCUGUAUGCAUACUGUUUAAUAAAAUAUUAUAGACCUCA